AUGGCAAUCGAGAAUGUGAUGAUCGAGACUGAUCAAGUUGUGAACUUUGCUGUUUGCUGCACCAUAGAUAUGACAGUCCAGGCUAUCAAUCAGUUCCUUGCCCGAGUACAAAAAAAAGAGCUCCAAGAGUCAGCCGUCAACAUCCUAACUCUGGUCCACAGUCUUGAGUUACAGCUCUGGGGUCCUACAAAAGAACUUCGAGGAAAUGACACCGUUCUGCAAAGCCCAUUCACUGGUUGUACAUACUUUCGCGUCCAUCAACUGCUGCAAGAUAUGAAGAAAGCUACAGAGUCCAAACUGGAUACCAACUGGUUUCUGGUGCUGGAUGAAAACUCAGAGCAGAGUUCCACCGCUGUCAUAGUCAGGGUCGAAGAUGGAGAUGUGCGUUCGGGUCGUGUCGCGUAUCCCGUGGCUUCGAGAUAUUUGUCGGCAGCUAGUAUUGCUCAUCCGUCACUCGAGGAGAUGAUUGAGAUUGCAGAUUGGAAGCAUGGUGGGAUAAUUCAAGAUUGA